CCGCUUCAUUCACGUCCGUGGGUUCCUGUGGAUUCAAUGGACUCCUUUGAGCCAAUCGGAGCCCGGCCGCUGAAGAUCAAACGUGGCUCAACGAGGGUUGCGACUCUUUCGGAUUCCAUUCGAGCGAGCGUCAUCGGCGACGCAGCACUUGCAAAGGAUUUCGAUGGCGGGCGUCGGCGAGUGUCCGGGGAAGGCCGCCCAGUUCCGGGUGGAUCACCUCCUCAGCGCCGUGCAGAGUGAGCUGCAGGCCGGCAUCGAGAAGGGCGACCCCACCGAGAGAGAGCUCAAAAUCUCCUUGGACGAGAGGGAACUUUGGGGCAAAUUUAAAGAUCUGACGAACGAGAUGAUAGUGACCAAAAACGGCAGGCGCAUGUUCCCCGUGAUGAAAGUCAACGUGUCCGGACUGGACCCGAACGCCAUGUAUUCUUUAUUGCUGGACUUUGUAUCUGCGGACAACCACAGGUGGAAGUACGUGAGCGGGGAGUGGGUCCCCGGGGGGAAGCCCGAAGCGCAGACCCCCAGCUGCGUCUAUAUCCACCCGGAUUCCCCCAAUUUCGGCGCGCACUGGAUGAAAGCCUGUGUAUCUUUCAGCAAAGUCAAACUCACUAAUAAACUCAACGGAGGAGGUCAGAUAAUGUUACACUCCUUGCACAAGUAUGAGCCGCGCAUCCACAUCGUGCGCGUUGGGGGCCCACGCAGGAUGGUCACCAGCCAUUCUUUCCCAGAGACUCAAUUUAUUGCAGUGACAGCCUACCAAAACGAAGAGAUAACCGCUUUGAAAAUAAAGCACAACCCCUUUGCCAAGGCCUUCCUGGAUGCAAAGGAAAGAUGUGACGACAAAGAAAUCAAAGAUGAAGCAAGUGACCACCAGCAGUCAACGUAUUCAGCGCUCGGUGGUUGGUUUCUGCCCGGAUCCGGUUCCCUCUGCCCAAGUCCUCACAGUCAGUUCGGGACUCCCGUUGCCCUCCCGCCAUCCCAUGGCUGUGAGCGCUACACCACGCUGAGGACCCACCGCUCGGUGCCCUACACCACGUCUUCCUACAACCAUCGGACUAACUCGCCCACAAGUUAUGCAGAAAACUCCUCAGCAUGUCUGCCAAUGCUGUCAAGUCAAGAGAGCUGGUGCGGUCUGCAGAUGCCAACACACUCCAGCAUGAUGUCCGUGACGCACAGUCCAACCUCGGCUUCCAACUCCAGUCAGUACACCAGCCUGUGGUCCAUGAGCAAUGCAUCGCUGACCCCAGUCACCCCACCGUCCCACCAUUCGGGGGGGAUGAACAACAACCUGAGCUCCCAGUUCCUUCGUGGGUCCAGCGGUCCCUAUCCCAACCUGGUUCACUCGGUCCCAGCGCCAUCCUCUGGCUCCCCCAUGUACGACAGCAGCAGCACUGACGGGCAUGACUCAGUCCAGUAUGACGCAUCCAUGCAGCGACAUUCUCCGGCCUGGACUCCCGUCACACUUCCUUCCAUGUGAUGGAGCAGAUGGACCGCAAUCCGCUGCUUUAUGCAGGACUCUUUCAGGUGGAGGUUUUUGAAUGCUAAAAUGUUACAUUUUACACAUCCACCCAUAGAGAAAGCAGCACAUGAGGUUCAGUGCUUUUGGAGUGAGAAGAUCACUUGGUUUUCUGCAAAUCAUGUAUUUACGAUCAUUAGCACCUUUACUCAACAUGACUGAAUCUAUGUUCUAUUGUUGGGAGCACAAACGCAGUUUUUAAUGUUCUUAUGUUAAGUACAACGUCGUGGCUGAUACGUUACUCGACUCUUCCGCACCUCAGACGACUUAUGACGUAAAUGCUAAAUGACGGGGAAAUUCUUCAAGGUUUUAAAUUCAAGGAAAACUGCGUCCAAGCUUAUUAACAGAUGGUGAUGACGUCUGAUUAGAAUUAGAAGAUUAGAAAUUGUUUUUUCUAAAUAGAGAAUAUUAACAUUACAAUGCAAAGCACCCCCUUAGUCAAGCCACAACAGGCACGUAUGAAGAAUACCCUUCAAAAGUAAUAUCAACAUCAAACAUUUAUAUUAUCUUUUCUAUCUGAUCGUAAAUGUGUCACAAAGUUAAUAGUUUGGAUGGAUUCGUCAACAUGGUGGGUAGGAGUGUGUCAUCAACCAUCACUGAUUUGCAGAAUGCGGACAAACUUUCUUACAAAAUUUGGAACAAGGAGGAAGCUGCUAAAACCAUGUAGUGUUUAUGCUUGAGCAGAGAACAAAAUAUUACA